CUGCAAACUGGAGAAAGGGGAAAAAGCAGGAGGGCAAAGAUGGAUUUCUCCUACCUGAACCACUUCUUUUAAGCAACUUUUUUUGAAAGGCACAUCCAAUGAUUCUACUCACAUCUUCUCGGACAACAUUUAGUCACAUGACCACACCUAGCAAUAGGAGAGUGCAAGAGAUAAAAUCUUUUAUUCUGUGCGGCAAUAAACCUAGGUAAGACCUAACCUUUCGUUACCAAGGGAAGAGGGGACAUCUAGGUAACCGACACUGUCUGCAGUACCUGCCCUCAGUUCUCUGUCUUCUGCUUCUAGAUGUUGGAACACUUGGAUUUCUUUCCUAGGCCUCAGUUUUUCUCUAAGACUUUCCAUUUCCUAGUCUAUUUGCUGUCUUCAGUAUCUACCUUUGUAACAUGACAGUUUAUAGUGUUAAUUCUGAUUUGGCCCAUUAUUGAGUUAUGGUGUUUGUUUGGUUUUUUUCAAUGGAUUUCAUACCUUCAAAUGCCAAGAACUCUGUUUGUUCUUUGCAUAGCAAUCUGUUCUUAAAUGGCCAUGAUUUCUCAAAUCUCCCUGAGUAUGCUACUUAAGAUGUUUUAACGUUUUGUUUUGUUUUUGCACAGACAUCUGUGCACAUCUGUAGAAGUGUCUGUUGGGUCAGUAUAUGUCAGAAUAGAGAUGUACGAUACCAAUAAUUGGGAAAUACAACACUGUGCCACUCACUAUUAUGACUGGUUAAGAACACAAAUUCUAAAGCCAGUCUCCUGUGCUAUAGUCUCAGCCUGUUCCUUUCUGCUGAAUCAUCAUGGACCUAUACCAGUUUGCUCAUCUACAAAGUGGAGAUUUUAACCUACACAUUGAUGUAUUAAUAUCUGUAACCCCUUUUGAACAGCGGCCAGCUGAUGAAAAGGAGUCAUGGUCCUCUGUACUACUUUCCUGGUACUUCCCGCGGGCUGGAUGAAAUGAAAUGAGGAAAUCCCCAACCUUCUGCAGAAAAAAAGGGAACCGGCAUUUCAGGGGGCAGUGUGGGAGGAAUGAGGCCUGGAGGAGGCAGGAUCCCAAAGAAAGGAGGAUUCCCAAGAGCUGAUGACAUGGGUCUAGCCCAGCCUCCAGCAGGGGAGGAACACAAGACUCCAGGACAGUGAGGAGCCCACACCUUGGCCAGACCUGGACCCACCCGAGCGGGCCACCUGUUCUCCAGAGCUGAAUCUCGAGAUGACGCCGACCCGGGGGCUGCUCCCCCUGGCUCUGCUGUCUCUCUGCUGGGGACUCAGCAUAACAGGGGCUGAAGAGACUGUCCCGCUACAGACCCUGCGCUGUCAUAAUGACUACACCAGCCGCAUCAUCUGCAGGUGGGCAGAUACUCAGGAUGCCCAGCGACUGGUCAACGUGACCCUCUACCGCAGGCUCAAGGAGGACCAUCCUCAGCGAGUGUCCUGCAAUCUUAGUGACGACAAGGCCUGGUUAAACAGCGGUUGUCUUGGCUGUGUACCCAGAAAAUGUGUUAUUCCUUACCGAAGCUUUGUCCUUGCUGACUUUGACUACUUCUCAUUCCGACCGGACCAGCCUCUGGUCACCGAGCUUACCGUUAAUCUGAGCCAGCAUGUGCAGCCCCCCACACCCAAGGACCUCAACAUCACUGCUACCAGGGGGAGCUUCCUGCUGUCCUGGAGUACAGUCCACGAGGGUUUCCAGAGCCACUGGCUGUCCAGCCUGGAGUUUGAGGUGGUCUACAAGCGUCUUCAGGACUCCUGGGAGGAUGCCCGCACCACCUACUCCAAGUCCCCCCAGGCCAUCCUGGAGCUAAAGCACCUCCUGCCCAGCAGCACCUACGUGGCCCGAGUGCGCACCAGGCUGGCCCCAGGCUCGGGGCUCUCAGGACGGCCCAGCCAGUGGAGCCAGGAGGUUUCCUGGAACUCGCAGCCAGGGGAUGAGGCCCAGCCUCAGAACCUCCAGUGCUUCUUUGACGGAGCCGCCCUGCUCACCUGCACCUGGGAAGUGAGGUCCGAGGCAACCCACUCCGUCUCCUUCACCCUCUUCUACAAGACUGGCCCCAAUGCACAGGAGGAAGAAUGCUCUCCCGUGCAGAAGGAGACUGGCAGCCCCUACAUCCAGCACCGAUGCCAGAUUCCGGUGCCGGAUCCCAGGAACUACACCCAGUACAUCAUCUCUGUUCGACCAAAGAUGGAAGAGAAACUGAUAAAGAGCUCAGACAACAUCCAGAUGGCUCCCCCGACCCUCAACGUGACCAAGGGUAGAGAUGGCUACAUCCUGCAAUGGAAAGAAGAAAAAAUGAGCUACUCACACAUAACUUGCAUCUUCCAGGUCCAGUACAAGAAGGAAGGAACCUCAUGGGAGGACACCAAGACCGUGGACUUCCAGAAUGCCCACACUAUGUCCCUGCCGACCCUGGAGCCCGCCAGCAGGUACCAGGCCAGAGUGAGAGUCAAACCCGAGCCGGGGAACUACAAGGGGAUCUGGAGCGAGUGGAGUGAGACAAGGUCCUGGGACACCGAUUGGGUGCUCCCCAUGUGGGUCCUAGCCCUCAUCCUUGUCAUCAGCACCUUAAUCCUGCUUCCGGUCCUGCACUUCUGUGGCGUCUACGGGUACAGGCUGAACCGGAAAUGGGAGGAGAAAAUCCCCAACCCCAGCAAGAGCCACCUGUUCCAGAACGGGAGCGCUGGACUCCGGCUGCCAGACAGCAUGGCCACCCUGGACAGUGGGAGCCGCCCACACAAGGGGCCAUGGGGCAGCAGCUGCCCUCAGCUGGAGGGGGUGUUCCCUGUAGACUGCAGGCACAGCGAGGUGUCACCUCUCACCACAGAGGACCCUAAAGACGCCUGUGACUCAUCAUCAGAGCCUGACAUGACUCUGACCACCUCGGACCUCCCCACGGAGCAGCCCCCCAGCCCCACGACAGGGCUGGCUGCCCCCUCAAGCAGGCCUGAGAGCCAGGCUUCCGGCUUUGACUUCAAUGGUCCCUAUCUGGGGCCGCCCCACAGCCGCUCCCUGCCUGAUCUUGUGGGCCAGCAGGAGCCCCCACAAACGGGAGUGAGCAGGAAGCCACAGUCCCCGGGGUCCCUGGAGUACCUGUGUCUGCCCGCAGGGGGGCAGGUGCAGCUGGUCCCGCUGGCCCAGGUGAAGGGGCAAGGCAAGGCCAGGGAUGGGGACACAAAUUCCAGCCCAGGGGCCCAGAGGAGCCCUUCCCUGGAGUCAGUGGUGGGCCCUGCCCCUCCAGAGCCUGGGCUGAUGGAGGAUGGUCAAGACCAGAAGGACAGGGCCCCCACAGUUCUGCCCACUGGCUGGCCUGAGGUUGGCACCGUAGCCUCUGGUUAUGUCACCACUCCAGAUCUGAUAUUCACCCCACCCACCGGGGCCCCAUCUCCCUCCCAGGCUGCCCUUCCGAGCCUCCCCUCAGCCCAGAACCCCGCUUUCCAUCCUGGACUGGCUGAUGGGCCCCCUGUAGCCUCAGCCCCCCAGAAACCAGAGUUCGAGGGCUACGUGGAGGUCCCUCCAGCCACAGGCCAGUUUCCGCAGUCCCCCCUGGCCAGCCCCGCCCCUCCUAGAGUCAGCAGCCCUGUCCUGAGCCCAGGCCCCCUCAGGGCAGACAUGUCCCCCACCUCCCCAACCCCCGAGGGUCUGCUCGUCCUGCAGCAGGUGGGUGACUACUGCUUCCUUCCAGGCCCUUUCUCCCCCCAGAGUAAGCCCACCUCCCCAGGACCCUGUCCUGAGAUCAGGGACCUCACCCAGGUGGUCCAGCCCAAGAAGCCUCCAGCUCAGGCCUUUCCCCAGGUGCCGGCCGUUCAGCUCUUCAAAGCCCUGAAACAGCAGGACUACUUGUCACUGCCCCCUUGGGACAUCAGCAGGCCUGGGCAGGUGUGCUGAGACUCUGGAGACCUUGAGGGGGAGGAACAGAGGAAAGGGCCUGCCUUUCCUCCUGCCCUGCCUGGUCCUCCUGCCACCCCUGCUCCCUUCGCUGGUCCUUUCCACAAAGCUGUGGAGAAGCUUCCAUGUUGUAACAGAUGGAGACCGGAAAAAUAAGUUAACCAUCUACCUCCUUCCUUGACCUUCAGCAAGGUCAAGUUUCUCUCUCUCCCUCCCUUCUUCUCUGCCACACACACACACACACACACACACACACUGUUCUUUGAA